CCGGCUGCCUACGUACCGAGUGAAUUUACGCGAACCAGUGAGCAGCUCGAGGAGGAGGGAGGGCAGAAGGAAGAGGGGGAGAGAAAAAAAGAUAGAAAGAGUGAGUGGAGCAGAGAAAGAGACGGAGGAAGCGAGUAGUUUAGCCUGAGCUCUCUGCGAAGCUGCUGUCGACGGGGAAAGAAGUUUGACUCACGGCGACGUCACCGGUUGUUGUUAGCCACCCCUCUGAAAGGCACCGAAAAAGCAGCUACCAUGUCUGCUGCAGACAAGUUCCUGUAUGUGGACCGCAAUCUGGUCAACAACCCCCUGGCACAGGCUGACUGGGCCACCAAGAAGCUAGUAUGGGUGCCCUCAGAACGCCUGGGCUUCGAGGCCGGCUCAGUGAAGGAGGAGCGUGGCGACGAGUGCGUGGUCGAGCUGGCAGACUCUGGGAAGAAGAUCAGGGUGAACAAGGAUGACAUCCAGAAGAUGAACCCGCCCAAGUUCAGCAAGGUGGAGGACAUGGCCGAGCUCACCUGCCUGAACGAGGCCUCUGUGCUGCACAACCUGAAGGAGAGAUACUACUCUGGGCUCAUAUACACGUACUCUGGUCUCUUCUGUGUCGUCAUAAACCCCUACAAGAACCUGCCCAUCUACUCAGAGGAGAUUGUCGAAAUGUACAAGGGCAAGAAGAGGCAUGAAAUGCCGCCCCACAUCUACGCCAUCACUGACACAUCUUACAGAAGCAUGAUGCAGGAUCGUGAAGACCAGUCCAUUCUUUGCACGUGA